GUGAGUUCCAUCCUUGAGAGCUGAAUCAGAGCUCCCAGAUCCUGCCUGCAAACUCAAAACAGAGAGAGGCCUUUUGGCAACCACAACCAGAGCUCAGGAUAACCAACAAGCAAACAACUCCUAAAGCCCAUGUAGCUGGCCGAUUUUGAUUGUUAAACGCUGCAUUCUUUGGGGAGCAAAUUACUCCUCUCCCUAUAGGGGGAACUCUUAAAAGAAACCGCUUUCCUGAAAGGGGCCAACUGGGCGGUGUCCUCCUUUCCCAACGCCCCUUUGCUAUUCUUAGUGGCGGGGUGGCGGCUUUCGCUUUUCCCCGGCGGAGUUCCCAGCGGCGCGAUGCGGCUGGGCAGGCCGGGCUGAGACUGGGCAGGGGCGGUCGCCGUCACCGUCUGGGCGCGGCUGGGGACCGAGGGCUGGGCCUGCAGCGGAGGCGGCCGAGCAGCUCUGAGAGCAGGAGCCGUCCCAGCUCGCCGCAGUCCCCGCCGGCUGCACCAUGGCCAGUGGCGCCUGUCAGGGCUGCGAAGAGGAAGAGGAGGAGGAGGCUCUGAAGAAGUUGAUAGUCAGGCUGAAUAAUGUCCAGGAAGGCAAGCAGAUCGAGACGUUGCUUCAGCUCCUGGAGGACAUGCUGGUGUUCACCUACUCGGACCGCGCCUCCAAGUUAUUUGAAGAUAAAAAUUUCCACGUGCCUCUGUUGAUUGUCCUGGACUCCUACAUGAGAGUUGCCAGUGUACAGCAGGCGGGGUGGUCACUUCUGUGCAAAUUAAUAGAAGUCUGUCCAGGGACAUUGCAAAGCUUAAUAGGACCCCAGGAUAUUGGAAAUGAUUGGGAAGUCCUUGGUAUUCACCGGCUGAUUCUUAAAAUGUUAACUGUUCAUCACGCCAAUGUAAACCUGUCAAUAGUUGGACUAAAAGCCUUGGAUCUCCUCCUAGAUUCAGGUAAACUCACCUUGCUGAUACUGGAUGAAGAAUGUGAUAUUUUCUUGUUAAUUUUUGAUGCCAUGCACAGAUAUUCAGCCAAUGAUGAAGUCCAAAAACUGGGAUGCAAAGCUUUACACGUGCUUUUUGAGAGAGUUUCCGAGGAACAGCUGACUGAGUUUGUGGAGAACAAAGAUUACACGAUACUGCUGAGUACGUUCGGCAGCUUCAGAAGGGACAAGGAGAUUGUGUACCACGUACUUUGCUGCUUGCAUUCCCUGGCGGUUACAUGCAGCAAUGUAGAGGUCCUCAUGAGUGGGAAUGUCCGGUGCUACAAUCUUGUGGUGGAGGCCAUGAAAGCCUUCCCCACCAAUGAAAACAUCCAAGAGGUGAGCUGCUCCUUGUUCCAGAAGCUUACAUUAGGUAACUUUUUCAACAUCCUGGUGUUGAACGAAGUGCAUGUCUUUGUGGUGAAAGCGGUCCGACAGUAUCCUGAGAACGCAGCCUUACAGAUCUCUGCACUCAGCUGUUUAGCACUCCUCACUGAGACUAUUUUCUUAAACCAAGACUUGGAGGAAAGAAGUGAGACUCAAGAGCAGAGCGAAGAGGAAGACAGUGAGAAGCUUUUCUGGCUGGAACCCUGCUAUAAAGCCCUGGUGCGCCAUCGAAAGGACAAACACGUGCAGGAGGCUGCCUGCUGGGCACUAAAUAACCUCCUUAUGUACCAGAACAGUUUGCAUGAGAAGAUCGGAGAUGAAGAUGGCCAGUUCCCUGCGCACAGGGAAGUGAUGCUGUCUAUGCUGAUGCACUCUUCUUCCAAAGAUGUCUUCCAAGCAGCUGCACAUGCUCUGUCCACUCUCUUGGAACAAAAUGUUAAUUUCAGGAAAAUCCUGCUGGCAAAAGGAGUAUACCUGAAUGUCUUGGAAUUGAUGCAGAAGCAUGCCCAUGCGCCUGAGGUGGCAGAGAGUGGCUGCAAGAUGCUGAGUCACCUGUUUGAAGGAAGUAACCCUUCUCUGGAUACAAUGGCAGCAGUGGUCCCUAAAAUACUAACAGUGAUGAAAGCCCACGGAACGUCUCUGUCAGUCCAGCUGGAGGCGCUGCGAGCUAUCUUGCAUUUCGUUGUGCCAGGACUAUUGGAAGAAUCCAGGGAGGACUCUCAAUGCAGACCAAAUGUGCUCAGAAAACAGUGUUUCAGGACUGACAUCCACAAGCUGGUUCUAGUCGCUCUGAACAGGUUCAUUGGGAAUCCUGGGAUUCAGAAAUGUGGAUUGAAAGUAAUCUCUUCUCUCGCGCACCUUCCUGAUGCCACAGAGACAUUGUCCCUGCAAGGAGCAGUUGACUCAGUCCUCCACACCUUACAGAUGUAUCCAGAUGACCAAGAAAUUCAGUGUCUGGGCUUACACCUUAUGGGAUGCUUGAUGACAAAGAAGAAUUUCUGCAUAGGGACAGGGCACCUCCUGGCAAAAAUUCUGGCUUCCACUUUGCAGCGCUUUAAAGAUGUUGCUGAGGUGCAGACUACAGGAUUACAGACAACCCUGUCAAUACUUGAGCUGUCAGUAUCUUUCUCCAAGCUGCUAGUGCACUAUUCCUUUGAUGUGGUGAUAUUUCAUCAGAUGUCUUCCAGUGUUGUAGAACAAAAGGAUGAGCAGUUCCUCAAUCUAUGUUGCAAAUGCUUUGCAAAAGUGGCCGUGGAUGAUGAGCUGAAAAACACCAUGCUAGAGAGAGCCUGCGAUCAGAAUAACAGCAUCAUGGUUGAAUGUUUGCUCCUCUUGGGAGCUGAUGCCAACCAAGUGAAGGGGGCAACUUCUUUAAUCUAUCAGGUAUGUGAGAAAGAGAGCAGUCCUAAAUUGGUGGAACUGUUGCUUAAUGGUGGUUGUCGUGAACAAGAUGUACGGAAGGCCCUGACCGUAAGCAUCCAAAAGGGCGACAGCCAGGUCAUCAGCUUGCUCCUCAGGAAACUUGCCCUGGACCUGGCCAACAACAGCAUUUGCCUUGGAGGAUUUGGCAUAGGAAAAAUUGAUCCUUCUUGGCUUGGUCCUUUAUUUCCAGAUAAGUCAUCCAAUUUAAGGAAGCAAACAAACACAGGAUCUGUCCUAGCGAGGAAAGUGCUCCGGUAUCAGAUGAGAAACACCCUUCAAGAAGGCGUGGCCUCAGGCAGUGACGGCAAGUUUUCUGAAGACGCGCUGGCGAAAUUUGGAGAAUGGACCUUUAUUCCCGACUCUUCUAUGGACAGUGUGUUUGGCCAGAGCGAUGAUCUGGAUAGCGAAGGCAGCGAGAGCUCAUUUCUCGUGAAGAGGAAGUCCAACUCAAUUAGUGUAGGGGAAGUUUACAGAGAUCUAGCUCUGCAGCGCUGCUCACCAAAUGCUCAGAGGCAUUCCAAUUCGCUGGGUCCUGUUUUUGACCAUGAAGACUUACUGAGACGAAAAAGAAAAAUACUGUCUUCAGAUGAGUCUCUCAGGUCCUCAAGGCUGCCGUCCCAUAUGAGGCAAUCAGAUAGCUCUUCUUCCCUGGCUUCUGAGAGAGAACACAUCACGUCGUUAGACCUAUCUGCCAACGAACUCAAAGAUAUUGAUGCUCUGAGCCAGAAGUGUUGCCUCAGUAGCCACCUGGAACAUCUCACCAAACUGGAACUUCACCAGAAUUCACUCACGAGCUUCCCACAGCAGCUGUGUGAGACUCUGAAGUGUUUGAUACACUUGGAUUUGCACAGUAACAAAUUCACCUCAUUUCCCUCUUUCGUGUUGAAAAUGCCACGUAUCACCAACCUAGAUGCCUCUCGAAAUGACAUCGGGCCAACAGUAGUUUUAGACCCUGCGAUGAAGUGUCCAAGCCUCAAACAGUUGAAUCUGUCCUAUAACCAGCUCUCUUCAAUCCCAGAGAAUCUUGCCCAAGUGGUGGAGAAACUUGAGCAGCUCCUACUGGAAGGAAAUAAAAUAUCCGGGAUUUGCUCUCCCCUGAGCCUGAAGGAACUGAAGAUUUUAAAUCUUAGUAAAAAUCACAUUCCAUCCCUACCUGGAGAUUUUCUUGAGGCUUGUUCAAAAGUCGAGAGUUUCAGUGCUCGCAUGAAUUUUCUUGCUGCAAUGCCUGCCUUACCUUCUUCCAUAACGAGCUUAAAAUUGUCUCAGAACUCUUUCACGUGCAUUCCAGAAGCGAUUUUCAGUCUUCCGCACUUGCGGUCCUUGGAUAUGAGCCACAACAACAUUGAAUGUCUGCCGGGACCUGCACAUUGGAAGUCUCUGAACUUAAGGGAACUCAUUUUUAGCAAGAAUCAGAUCAGCACCUUAGACUUUAGUGAGAACCCACACGUGUGGUCAAGAGUAGAGAAACUGCAUCUCUCUCAUAAUAAACUGAAAGAGAUUCCUCCAGAAAUUGGCUGCCUUGAAAAUCUGACGUCUCUCGACGUCAGUUACAACUUGGAACUGAGGUCCUUCCCAAAUGAAAUGGGGAAGUUGAGCAAGAUAUGGGAUCUUCCCUUGGACGGACUGCAUCUGAAUUUUGACUUUAAGCACGUAGGAUGCAAGGCCAAAGACAUCAUAAGGUUUCUACAACAACGUCUGAAAAAGGCUGUACCCUACAACCGAAUGAAGCUCAUGAUUGUGGGAAAUACGGGGAGCGGUAAGACCACUUUACUGCAACAACUCAUGAAAAUGAAGAAACCAGAACUUGGCAUGCAGGGUGCCACAGUCGGCAUAGACGUGCGAGACUGGUCCAUCCAAAUACGGGGCAAAAGGAGAAAGGACCUGGUUCUAAACGUGUGGGAUUUUGCAGGUCGUGAGGAAUUCUACAGCACUCACCCCCACUUCAUGACCCAGAGAGCCCUCUACCUGGCUGUCUAUGAUCUCAGCAAGGGGCAGGCAGAGGUGGACGCCAUGAAGCCCUGGCUCUUCAAUAUCAAGGCUCGUGCCUCUUCUUCCCCGGUGAUUCUGGUGGGCACACAUUUGGAUGUUUCUGAUGAGAAGCAGCGGAAAGCGUGCAUAAGCAAAAUCACGAAGGAACUCCUAAAUAAGCGAGGAUUCCCCACCAUCCGGGACUACCACUUUGUGAAUGCCACCGAGGAGUCAGAUGCGCUGGCAAAGCUUCGGAAAACCAUCAUAAAUGAGAGCCUUAAUUUCAAGAUCCGAGAUCAGCCUGUGGUUGGGCAGCUAAUUCCAGAUUGCUACGUAGAACUGGAGAAAAUCAUUUUAUCAGAGCGGAAAGCUGUGCCGACUGAGUUUCCUGUGAUUAACCGGAAACACCUGUUACAGCUCGUGAACGAACAUCAGCUGCAGCUGGAUGAGAACGAGCUCCCACACGCCGUUCACUUCCUAAAUGAGUCGGGAGUUCUUCUGCAUUUUCAAGACCCUGCCCUGCAGCUAAGUGACCUGUACUUUGUGGAACCCAAGUGGCUUUGUAAAGUCAUGGCACAGAUCUUGACAGUGAAGGUAGACGGCUGUCUGAAACAUCCUAAGGGCAUCAUUUCCCGGAGAGAUGUGGAAAAAUUCCUUUCAAAGAAGAAGCGAUUCCCGAAGAACUAUAUGAUGCAAUACUUUAAACUAUUAGAAAAAUUUCAGAUCGCAUUGCCAAUAGGGGAAGAAUAUCUUCUGGUUCCAAGCAGCUUGUCUGACCACAGGCCAGUGAUAGAGCUCCCCCACUGUGAGAACUCUGAGAUCAUCAUCCGGCUGUACGAAAUGCCGUACUUUCCCAUGGGAUUUUGGUCAAGAUUGAUUAACCGAUUACUUGAAAUCUCACCCUUCAUGCUUUCUGGCAGAGAGAGAGCACUACGCCCUAACAGGAUGUAUUGGCGGCAAGGCAUCUACUUGAAUUGGUCUCCAGAAGCAUACUGUCUGGUAGGCUCUGAAGUCUUAGACAAUCGACCUGAGAGUUUCUUGAAAAUCACAGUUCCGUCUUGUAGAAAAGGUUGUAUUCUUCUGGGCCGAGUUGUGGAUCAUAUUGACUCACUCAUGGAAGAAUGGUUUCCCGGGUUACUGGAGAUUGACAUUUGUGGGGAAGGAGAAACUCUGUUGAAGAAAUGGGCAUUGUACAGUUUUAAUGAUGGUGAAGAACAUCAGAAGAUCUUGCUUGAUGAGUUGAUGAAGAAGGCUGAAGAAGGAGACCUGUUAAUAAAUCCAGACCAACCAAGGCUCACUAUUCCAAUAUCCCAGAUUGCUCCGGACUUGAUCUUGGCUGACCUGCCUAGAAAUAUCAUGUUGAACAAUGAUGAGUUGGAAUUUGAGGAAGCACCAGAGUUUCUCUUAGGCGAUGGAAGUUUUGGAUCCGUUUAUCGAGCUGCCUACGAAGGAGAGGAAGUGGCUGUGAAGAUUUUUAAUAAGCACACAUCUCUUAGGCUGUUAAGACAAGAGUUGGUGGUCCUUUGUCACCUUCACCACCCCAGCCUGAUAUCCUUGCUGGCGGCUGGUAUUCGUCCUCGGAUGUUGGUAAUGGAGUUGGCCUCCAAAGGUUCCUUGGAUCGCCUGCUGCAGCAGGACAAAGCCAGCCUCACCAGAACCCUCCAGCACAGGAUCGCGUUGCAUGUGGCCGACGGCCUGAGGUAUCUCCACUCAGCCAUGAUUAUUUACCGUGACCUGAAGCCCCACAAUGUGCUGCUUUUUACCCUGUAUCCCAAUGCUGCCAUCAUUGCGAAGAUUGCGGACUACGGGAUCGCACAGUACUGCUGCAGGAUGGGAAUAAAGACAUCAGAGGGCACCCCAGAGGCUUUGUCCACUUAUGUGACAGCGGUCGUCUCUGCGUUCUAGCACGAGCUUCCGGGCUUGACUUCUACUGCCUCACCAACCAAUCACUGGGCAGUCAACGGCCGCUCAGCAUACUUCGCAGAUGGAGCCUUUUAACUUUGCUGUCUGACUUCCUGGUUUUUAUUAAAGCCAGCUUAAAACUUUAUUGCCACUCGAUUCCGAGACAGCCACAGGAUCCUGAGCCCAUAUAUAAUCUCCACUGAUAACUUUCAGGGACAUGACUAUGGAAGAGACUCUCAACAAAAGAAACCCAACUCUUCUGUUUUCUGCUACUCUCUAUUCUCCAAGGUCAUACACAUGCUGUGGGUCUAUUUCUUGUUGUACCCCAAAACUUCUGUUUGUUAUUACUUUUAUUACAAUUAUUAUCACUAAAGGAGACUUCUAAUUAGCCCUAAACUCUGGCCCAAGUUUGAAAAAAAAAAAAAAAACAACAGCAUUCAUCACCACAAUUGCUACCAAAACUUGAUUUGUUUUCCUUCCUCAAAUCAAUGAUCUUGUGAAGGGAAAAGUUCUUUCCCACAGGAUUUUAUCUGUGUUUUUCUCUUUGUUGAAAUUUCCCAUUCAUGGUAUACCUUUUAAUGUGGAAAGUUUCCAUGAAAGAAAUAGAAAUAUGUAUUCAUCAGACAUGUUACAUUUGUGGGUGCAUUUUAUAGUAAUUCUAAGAACAGUACUUCACCCUGGGUGUUCGUGUAUGUGAGAUAGCUAUGUCUCUACAGGACAUGAGGAGUACAGACCUUUUCAGGGCCCAAGCAAUGAGUAGGGCUAAUACUUAACCAUUUCCAGGAGUGAUGCCCUAUAAGCCCCAAUGCUAAUUCUCAUCUACAAUCCAGGGAGUGUGAUCCGAGGGGACACUAAAAAUGACUUCAGGUCAGAGGAGAUAAAAAUCCAGGCAGCCUAUGAGCUGCAGCACCGCAGUUCAGCAGGCGUUCAUCCCAAGGUCAAAGAAAGAAAGAGCUCACUUACUGACGGGGACAGCAUUGCCAGGUGACAUUGUCUACUUUGGGAAGAGUAAAUAUAGGAACAUUGGUUCCACCCUUAACUCCAGCAUGGGUUUCCUGUUGAGAGUGACAAUUAAGUCUAUGUUCCAUGACCACUGCAGGAUUGACCCAAGUGAAUAGUGACUGAUGGCGUCAAGUCUGUCAACAUCUAUACAAAUAAAACAGUCACUGGGCAAAGUAAAUGUUCUCUAGCUAUUCACUAUUAUAUGGUAAGGACAAGGUUCAACUUAUAUGACUUUGCAAGGUCACUAGAAACCUAUUGGGCAUUUAAAGAAACAUUUCAACACAUUCAUAUCUUAGAUACCCCUAAAUAGACAAACGUUACGCUACUGAGAUCACAUGACUCAAGAUAUUGACUCUGGAAAGUUGAAGAUAAAAAUGAAAAAUGUUUCCAUAAAUAUUUCUUUCUUUUAUCAUUUUAUAUUUAUGACUUUCUUUUUUUCUUUUUUCCUUCUUUUCUUUUUUUCCCAUGAUUUUCUUAACCUUGCUACCUCUCCUUCUUCUUCCCUCCCUUCCUCUAUCCAUCUUUCUCCUUCUCUUCCCCCCUCCCAUCUCUCUUUGAUUCUUUCUUUGUUGAGAGAGGCUCUCAUCAUCUAGCACAAGCUGGACUGAAACUCUUUCUAAGCUGAGGAUGGCUUUGAAUGGAUGCUCCUGCCCAAAUCUCCAGUGCCGGGAUUGUGCAUAGCACUAGAGGUUCAAAUCCAGGGGUUUAUGAGUGCUAUGCUAACACUCUAAAAAAUGAUCUACAUCCCCUGCAUGAUUAUCAUCAUCAAUAAUUGUAAAAACUUCCAAAGUACUGAACAGCUCUGACUAAAUUGGUGCACACUUGAUAAAAAUUAAGAGAUGAAUCUAAAUAGCAUCUCACGUCUCCUCUUGAUUUAUAAUUCCAUGGUUAAAAGUUAUAUCAGAGGAUUUACAAGAAAAUAAACACAAAAGAUAGAUAGUGUUUAAUAGCAGACAAUUUAAUACACAGAAGCUUGAUUUAAUAAAUAUCCGACGAGUGUACUGAUGAAUAGUAACAGCUUGGAAAUAUUUUAAACAGCCACCCAAAUCCCUUUUAAGUUCUAAGAAUGCAAACAUCAAGAUUGUUAGUGAAUUAGCUAUGUGGGUAGCUUGUGGGUUGAAGAACUCUUGACUUUGAUUGUGUCUGUGGAUUUAAGAAAGCAUACACUAGAGGGACCAGUGAGAGGGCUCUGUGGGUUCAGAUGCUUGUCACCAAACCUGAAAACCUGAAUUGAUUCCUGGAACUCAUAUGGUGGAAAUAAAGAACUGUCUCCUGCAAGUUGUCCUCUGGCCUCUAUCAGCAUACCUUGACAUGUGCCUGCAUUCCUCUAACACAAGUGAAUAAAGUAAACCCCAAAAAGAAGAAGGAGUCAUAGCAGGUUUUGUGCUAUUUGUAAAGUCUGCCAACUGGUGAUAGGCAUAUAGGUCAAAUGAAAUGUUCCAGAAAGUAUCUGCAAAACAACAACAACAACAACAACAACAACAACAACAACAAAACAAUGAUUUAAGGAUUUGCAAUAGAGGUACUGUAACAUUUUAAACACCAUGUCGUAGUAUGUACAGUUUAUUAGUACUGUGUUUGUUUAGAGUUGCUAAUUGCAUCCCAUUUUGUUAGCUCAGGGUGUUACUAUGCUAUUACAGUUAUACAGACAUGGAAGUUAGCCUUCGUUCCCUGUGAUAAAAUUCCCAGAAAAUAUGAUACUCCCAGUUGUAGGAGUAUCACUGCCUCUGUUGUUUUAGGAUGAAGCUAAGCAAAAUAGGUAAGGGUGCAUGUGGCAGAAGGGUGCUUGCUUACUUUUGUGGAUGCCAGGAAGUAGGGAGGGUUGGAAAGAAGAGAGGUUAGAUUAGGAUAAACAAUUAGUGACUGACUUUCUCCAGUCAUACUCUACCCGGAGAUCCCACCACUUUUCAACAGUAAGUUCUAACAAUGCCUUAAUCCAUCAAUGAGCUACGAGCCCUCGUGAUUCAUUUACUUCUAAACACUGUUGCAUUGAGGACCAAGUUUUCAUCUCAUGAAUUCUUGAGGGGCAACUCAUAGCCAAACAAUAACAAUAAAAAUAUCCUUGUCUUAAAGAAAUACAUUAUAUCUAUAUCUAUAUCUAUAUCUAUAUCUAUGUCUAUAUCUACAUAUAUAUAUUCCAAAACUUAUGUUUUUAAACAUAUAUACAUGUAUAUUUAUAUAUAAUAUCUAAGGCAAUGCUUCUUAAACUCUUCCAUUCAUGACCCCUCUAUGUUCUAGAGCUAUUUAUGUGACCCAGGAUAUAUAGGCACACAAAAGAGUUAUACAAACCGAACAUGUAUUGAUAAUAAAUAAUAAACGAUUAAAAUUUAAACAAUCUUAUGCUAAGCACAUAUUCUUAUUUCUCAUUACAGAUGACAGCUCAGGUGCAUACUAAUGAGAUGACUAUGUGCUUGUUUGUCUAACACAAACAAGUUCCAAGAUAGUAACUUUAUACAUGCUGAGGAAUGGAGGUAGAACGUGUGGUGUCUUUACUUUCUUCAAAUAAACCAUUAAGCUUUCAGAAGAGUGGGAGCCAUUGCAUGUAUUACACAACAAUACAACUCAUAGCAUAUAGUACUGUGGAACAGAGCGGAGGUGUUUGGGGCACCAGCUCAAGCUAGUGUUGUGUGUGAGACAUGCAUGCUGUGUGUUCAGAGCCAGGGCUGUAUAGUUCCACAAUGCAACACAAGCCCUUCCAGAAACACACUCAGCUUCAUUCUGCUUUUUUGCAAGCUCAGAAAUCUUUUACUGACAACUGUGAAGAUGGCUGCUUCAGUAAAGUACUUGCCACACAAAUAUGGGGACCUAAGCUUAGAUCUUAGAUCAUAAAGUUGGGUGUGCUUGUGCACACCUGUGAUCCCAGGGCCAGAGAGACAGAGAUAGAAGUAACCCUGUGGAUUUCUGGUCUCAGAAAACAACGCAUAAAACAAAAUGUUAAGGACACCACACAUAGACCACUGGUGUUCCCAGGCACACACACACACAUGAAUGCAUAUGCACAAACACAGAGCUCUUUUCUUGUUUUCAGAUUUUCCAAGACCUUCACCUCUAGUUACACAAACUCACCAUGGGGUCGUGACCCACAGUUUAAGAAGUUUUGGUUACAAGGGCCAGAUUUUAUCCAUUGGUAAAGUAGGAGCUGUCAGGUUUAUAUUUGGUGUCCCUGGUCCUCUUUAUUCCUCAUGCAGUUGCAGCCUACUGAAGAACGACUGAGCCUUCCUCAGCAUCUUAGAACUGUCCCUUGAAGGCUGUGGACUCACACAUUGUGGUGUCCCCCUGGCAGUAUAUUUUCAUUACUAUAAGAUUCAUGUAUGUUACUAAAAAUCUGCAAGUAUAAAAGAGAAAAAGGAAUUAAUGCCAUAACCAUGUUGGUGUGGUCCUCUCUAGAUAUCCUGUGUCUCCUGUCAGCAUUUAAGCCUGCACAAAAGGGGAAGAGCAGUCCAGCUGCAGGCCCUUCUGCCUUCCACACAGCUACACAGAUUCAGUGAUCAGGACAGUUUCAUUCUCCUUCCUUCCUUCCUUCCUUCCUUCCUUCCUUCCUUCCUUCCCUCCCUCCCUCCUUCCCUCCUUCCCUCCUUCCCUCCUUCCCUCCUUCCCUCCUUCUCCUCCUCCUCCUUCUCCUCUUUCGUAGUCAGAGUGUUGAGUUGAAGUUGCAGAAAACCUGCUGCUAUCACCAGAUAUACUCACAUGCAGUGCUCUAGAAGGAGGCUAUUCAUAUCGUAACAACACUAUUAUUGGAAUCAAGAAAAUUAAUUUAAUUUUCUACUUAUUUGCUAACUUGACAUUAAAUCCCACAUUUUCUCUUCAUUUUGCGAAAGAAUUCCAUUAAAAAUGAUCUUAAUCAUCUUGUAGUUUUUAAUUUCAUUUUGUUGCAAAAUGUUUAUUAUUGAACAAUUUUCUACUUACAGUUACAUUUAUUCAGAUUGUUAAUACUCUUUCUUAUCAAUAAUCUUGGCAUAUCUGUUUUAUCCUGACAAAUUGGAAGCUAUUUAUCUUCCUCAUGGAGUUAAAUGUUGUAUCUUCUUUUAAAGAAUUCAAAAGCUUGGGAGAUGUGUCUAUGUGCUUGCUGCAGAAGCACAAACCCGAGAUUGGAUUCCCAGCACCCAAGUACAAGCGAGUGCUGACAAGAUUCAUCUCUAGCGCUAGGAUUGGAGAGAUACACCCAGCUGAAACAGCAAGCUCAGGGCGAGACCCUGGGUCAAACCCAGAGGAAAGGCAUUAAGAGAAAAUAUUCAAAAUUAACUCACACACACACACACACACACACACACUCACACACACACACACGAAAUUUCAGGCAUAAUCCUGAAAGGAUUUUGAUUUGUCUUAAUGACUGGGCUAAUUAAUUGAUUUGUGGUAACAAAGAUAAAAAUCAGCAUCUGUUGCAUUCUGCAAGCUGGGCAAGUACUCUGUUCCUGGACCACAGCUAAUUUUUGCGUUUUUGUUUGUUUGUUUGUUUUAAGAAAGAAAACUGUAGUUUUUAAUUUCAUUGGGUAGAAUGGAAUCCUAAGUUCUGGAACUAAUGAACCCACAGGAAUUUUAGACGAGUUAGUGACUUUGAAUCUAUAAAAUGUCCCCCUCUUCUGUAUAAACCUGUGUGUUGGUAACAGUUGCAUUAAAAAAAAAGGGAGAAUAUUGAUAAAGGCUUUUUGUUUUCCUGUGAGAUUUUAUAUACUUGAUUGUUAGUUUGUAGAUGGAACCUUCAAACCAAAAUCUGUCCUGCCUACAAGAAGUGCAGAGGCAAAGAUGGAGCAGGCACUAAGGGAAUACCCAACCAAUGACUGGCCCAUCUUGAGACCCAUCCCAUGGGCAAGAACCAAUCCUUGA